AAGCAGUUAUACUUCCUAUCUUUAGUCAGUCUUCUUGUGGUGUCUUCUGAAAAAGAAGAAAAAGAAAUACAGCACAAUUGGAAGUAACAAUGAAGACAAUCAAUUUCAUGCAUGUUUUCUCUCUCUUCGCUCUUCUCUCAGCAGGGCUGUGUGAGAGACACCAUGAAGAUUACAAGCUGAAAAUGGAUGAGGCAUUGCUCAUAUUCCAUAGUGAACUUCCAUACAUCGUUAGUGUUGACUACACCUCAGAUUACUGCUAUAAGUGUCUUUAUCAGCCCCUUGCCAGAGUUGGGAAUGGGCAGAACAAUAUUUCUGUGGUGGUGAGCACACAAUUCACACUGACUCUAAAAAUCGCACGUGUGGAUGGAAAAGACACUCUGUGCAAUCUGAGUCAGACAUUUGAGGAAGCUGGCCAUUAUUCUCUCUGGAUGACACAGUCCGGACCGGUGAAUGAUGUAAAAUGUUCUCUCACCGUGGAUAGGAGUCAGAAUAACGUGUACCUGCCGCUGUUGGCGGCAUUCUUGAUUCUGGCUUCUAUCGCUGUAUUUUGGGCCUCUUUGCCUUAUAUACUCAGAUGGAGCUUUCUGCAGAGGCUAAAAAAUCAUAUCAGCUGCCGCGGGUCUCAAAACUCCAUAGACAUGGAUGAGGCAAAUGAACAUUCUGUGGACAAAAGCAAAUCAAAGUCAUCAAGGCUGAAGUCACUGGACACAUUUCGAGGUUUCUCCCUGACAGUUAUGGUAUUUGUGAACUACGGUGGAGGUGGUUACUGGUUUUUUCAUCAUGCACCGUGGAAUGGUCUCACAGUAGCUGAUCUUGUGAUGCCUUGGUUUGUGUUCAUCAUAGGUACUUCUGUAGUGCUAGCAUUCACCUCGAUGCAUAGGAAAGGUGUUUCACGGCUGCAGCUCCUUCGCAAGACUACGUGGCGAACCAUUGUCCUGAUGCUCAUCGGGUUCUGCUUCAUGAACUACAGCCCAAAAGAUGGAUAUUUAUCCUGGUCCUGGCUACGGAUACCCGGAGUGCUUCAGCGUUUGGGUUUCACCUAUUUUGUCCUCGCAAUGAUGCAGACUUUCUCUCCCCACAGAGACAUCCCCUUGAGGAUUCAUUACUGGUGGACCCUCAUUCAAGAUUUGGUUUUAUACUGGCCAGAGUGGAUCUUCAUUGUGUUGCUGGAGACCAUCUGGUUGUGUCUCACUUUCUAUCUGCCUGUUCCAAACUGCCCCACUGGUUAUUUAGGAGCUGGUGGUAUUGGAGAUGAUGGUUUAUACCCCAACUGCACAGGAGGAGCAGCCGCAUAUAUAGACAGAUGGUUAUUUGGGGACAAAAUCUUCUGGCAUCCAACAUGCAAGGUCUUGUAUCAUACAACUGAGCCUUUCGACCCAGAGGGUGUUCUGGGAACAAUUAAUUCCAUAGUCAUGGGGUUUUUAGGCAUGCAGGCUGGAAAGAUUCUUCUGUUUUAUCGUAAAAUGAAUAAACAUAUCCUGGCACGAUUCCUAAUUUGGGCCCUCAUCCUGGGAAUCUCCGCAGCCAUCCUUUCUAAGUGCACAAGAGACGAAGGAUUUAUACCUGUCAAUAAAAACCUUUGGUCCCUGUCAUUUGUUACCUGCAUGGGCUGCAUGUCCUUUGUGCUGCUGGGUGUGAUGUAUUUCGUUAUAGACGUUAAGGAAUGGUGGGGCGGCCAACCUUUCAUUUAUCCUGGGAUGAACUCCAUAUUUGUCUAUGUUGGACACUCUCUGCUGGGAUUUUACUUUCCUUUCAGCUGGGAGAUGCGUUUUCAGGACAGUCACUGGGAACAGCUUUUCCAGAAUAUGUGGGGUACUGCACUUUGGCUCUUCAUUGCCUAUCUGCUCUACCGCAAACAAUUUUUUCUCAAAAUCUGAUGGUGCUGGUGUUUUUUUGUCUCAUAAAAGUUCUUAUUUUUCUCAUUAGUUUAUAGUAUAGGCUAAAAUGUAUGCAAAAUCAUUUGAUAUUUAUAUUUUCGUGAGUGGUGAAUGUCUUUCUUCAUGUCUGUAACACUGAAUUUGGUGUAUUCCUAUGUUCAAUUAGUUAAUAGGCAUACGAACCGAGACUAGAGAUCAGAUUUACUGUCUUCCAUGGACACCUGCAGUGUUUUAUUUGAUGUCAGUUGUGUUAAGACCUGAACGUAGUGAUUAAAUCAAAUUCGCUGAAGUGGUACUUAACAAAUUAGAACAAGCGAUUCCACCACUUGAGGGGUAGCCAUUAUAUAUCGGUUGCCAUGGUCACCCCCCCUUGGUGCUGUGAGACAGAGAGUGGGUACCAUCUGCUCUUCAACUGACAGCCCUUUAAUAGGGGUCAAGCUGGACGGCACACUGAGGAGUGUUUCUGGGGCCAGCACUUUUCAUGCUCACACUAAUGCAAAAUCAGGGGAAUUACACCAGCAGAUCUCAUGCACAUACGGAAAUUGCUUUGUAACACAAAAAACCCUGAUGUUUUCUGUCAAGUCAUAUUCAUGAGAUAGAAUAAAGUCACAGGCACUAAUCUCUGGAGGCUCUGCGGCAGUGGAUCUCAACUGGUUUGCAUCAAGAUCUUAAUUUUAGUGGAAAACCAAGAUUUGUUAAUAGGAAUAUGUGGAAAAUUCCCAAAAGAAUUCCCCUGGUGUCUUAAAGGGAUAAACCACCAUAAAAUUAAAAUUCUGUCAUCAUGUUCUCGUCCUCAUGCCCUUCCAAACUUGCAUGACUUUGAUGUAUGUCCCAGACAAAUGGUGUCCUGUCCUCAGGACGCUCUCUCUUCUUAUGCUUAUUAUGAUUGUUCAGUCCCCAUCUUUGCUAAGAAUACACUUCUGUUGCUAAGCAGAUAAUAUUACAUUUUAUUGUUAGUGCUUUCCUGAUCAUUUACUCAUCCCCAUGUCAUCCAAGAUGUUCAAUUCUGUCUAUCUGUCUGUUUGUUCAAUCUUCAAUAGAAAAGAAAUUACAGUUUUUAAGAAAAACAUU